AUGCGAAUGCAACUGUCUCUGUGGCCCCUUCUCGGCUCGCUUGUGGCUGCAGAAACGGGUCCAUUUUUAAAAAAAGUCGGCGAUGGUUCAUGGGUAGUCGGCAAUGACAUAUGGAAUGUCACCCAAGGCCCUGUGUAUGCCACAAAGCUGUUUUGGGAAGGUGUUCCGGGAGCUGAUCUUGUUGGGUCUGCCGUUGGGCAUUACAUUGGAUACGAUGGCGAGGCCAAUUUGAAGUUCACCAACGCUACCAUUGUAGCAAAGGGAACGCAUCAUAUUGACGUGGCAUUCCAAUCGAGUCUUGGAGAUCUUCAUUGGGUGAUUUUUGAUGAUCUUUCUGGCGCAUACCAAUAUUUUGUCAAUGCGGCUCUCCCGGAUAUUAGUAUCCUUCGAACACUCUGGAGAUUGUCGCCAGAUUAUUUCACCCAUGGCCGUACCCACCUGAAGAACGAGGCUCUUCCCGAUUUUAGUCUUUAUCAAGACUCGGUUAAAGUACAAGACGAAACUUGGCAGCUGGCUGAUGGAUCAUUCAUUACAAAGUAUGAUUGGUCAAACGCAGUCAGGGACAGAGAUUUCUACGGCGUGUAUGGCUCAGAGGCUGGGUCCUGGUGGAUUCACCCCUCAACAGAGUACUACAACAGCGACCACUAUAGUCAGACCUUGACUGUCCAUAGAGAAAGCAGUACUGGAGAUGCUGUGCAACUCAACGUUGUUCAGGAUACAUCUCAUUUCCGCGUUGGCCAAAAGACCACCCAACCUGUUGGCAAGGUCUGGGGUCCCUGGCUCUGGUAUUUGAAUAACGGCAGCAUUGCAGACGUCCAGCAAAGACGUAAAGAAGAGCUCAAGCACUUCCCGUACAACUGGUUCAGCAACACUGCUUACAAGUCCAGAGGAGGCGUUCAAGGAACGCUCAGCCUCUCCGACGGUCGACCCGCCUCCUAUGCUGCCGUCUAUCUUGGGGAUACUGACACUACUGUUCGGCCCUCGAUCCAAGGCAGUAAUUACUACUACACCACCUACACCAAUGACAAAGGCCGGUUCUCUUUCGACGACGUGAGGACUGGUUCAUAUGGACUCUACGCAUGGUCAGAUGGUGGAAAACUUGCGGAUGUGUACACCAACUUCACCAAGUCCGAUGUGAAGAUCACAAAAGACAAGACCUUGAACCUGGGUCAGCUGUCCUGGGAGGUUAGUGACGUAUCUAAGCGCAUCUGGCAGGUCGGUGAAUUCGACAAGACAGCGCGAGGAUUCAAAAACGGAGGUGUUCCGUACCAGCACGGCGUUACGGAAGAGAGCCCAGCCAACCUCACCUUCGUUGUCGGCGAGUCCCAGGAUGCGGACUGGUACUACGCGUCGUCUGCAGUAGGGACUUGGACCAUAGAGUUCCAGCUCUCAGCCGAGGAAAUUGCGGCUAACAAUACUGCGCUGCUGAGUGUCUCACUGGCUGGCUACUCACAGAGCGCUGCACUGGAUGUCAGUGUCAACGGAGAUGUGUACGACUCGUUGAGCAAGAAUACCCUCACAAGUGAUCCUGCCCUCUACCGCUCUGGCAAAGUCAGUGGCGAGUGGCGAUUCUUCCAGUAUGAGGUCAAGCCUGGCGCGUUGAAGGAGGGCCUGAACACGGUUGAGUUUGCUGUUACAAGAUAUACUCUUUGGCGAGGUUUCUUAUGGGACAGCAUUAUCUUUGAAUGGCAGUGA